ACGAGGAUCGCAUGGGGGGCUGUUCGACUUCCUCCAGCUUUAUCUCUUCUCGGAGCUUUACUUUUACUUUCCUGUUUUGUCGUCUGGGUACUGUGAUGGAACUUAAGUCUCAACCGCGAGAUCCUGGCAAUGCAAUCGAGCGAUGGUUCUUGGAUCUUGUGAGAUCGUGCCGCGAUCUCGCGGCGGCGGAGGCGAUCCAUUCGUGCAUUGCGUUGGCGGGAAAUGCGGGAGUGUGGGUAUUGCGCGCCAUGUCUUUGAUGGCAUUCGCUACCCCUGUUCGAUUCUCCUCUGCGCAUCGCGCCGGCAACGAGUUUGACCUCCUGGAACACGCUCCUGUCUGCAUUUGCCCAGUCCGGGAAUCUUUCAGGGAAUCCCUCUCAGGAGCCUUGGAAUGCCAUGCUGGCGGCAUAUUCCACCUGGAAGAUGCUCGGAGAAUCCAGGGUCUCUCUCACUACCCGGCCAGAUUAAAAAUGUGAUCCAGUAAGUUAUCUAGUUGAUUCUUUGCAACUCUCAAAUCUUCUUUCUUCUUCUUUAUUUCUCUGUUCUUUAGAUGGCCACCAGAGGUCUUGGAAGCCACACUGAUAGUCCAAGUAAACCGAGUGUCCGAGAAAGAAAUUAUCGUUCCUAUAUCAUCGAUCGGAGGGAAUGGUGACUGGAUACGUGAUAUAUUGUGUGAGGCUUGGAAAACUGAUGCUGCCAACGGCGGACGUGUGAGAGUUGUGCCUGGAAAGCCUCCCAUCCGGAUCAUCAUGCUUGCCGGCGUAACAGAGCGUACUUUACCGAUGGCCGCCUGCUUAUAACAGGGAUCUCUUUGCCGAGCAACAUGAAUACGCAAAUAUCAAGGUGCGUUUGCCAAGAAUUUUUUUUUUUUUUCGGUCGGUAACAAAGUUUACAUCAAUGCUGGCUCAUUGCUGAGCAAUGUCGAAACUUGACUGAUGAUACGUCCUCAUUACUGGAGAAGACUUUUUCUGCU